CACAGACUGCGAAAGUUGUGGUGGUACGUCUGCUGAAUACGUACUGAUACGCAAGCUGAUCGCUAUAUCAGCAUGAUCACGGCAAAGGCAUUCCUCCUGUCGAUCAACACGAUCAUGGCAAGGGCAUUCCUGAUGUCAUGGCUGAGUUCAAACGACGUGCUUUUGAUCUGGUUCCAUCGCAUUUGAUCCAUAUCCCAACCAUGGAAUUGAUCUCGCGGGACAAACUCAUUACAAUACUGAAACCAGAGACGAUCACCGAGGAGGAUAUCCGUCGGUGUGGGAGAUGGUCGAGGCAAUCUGCCAUAGAGUCGGCUGUGAUCGACCUGCUCAAAUAUGCCAUUCUAUCACACCGAUGGGGAGAAUCUGAGCCGACAUUUCAAGACAUGAAACGCGAAGGGGCGGGUUACAAGAAACUGGAGAAGUUAUGCGCAAAAGCCAAGGAGUAUGGCUGUGAUCUCGCAUGGUCUGAUACCUGCUGCAUAAACAAGGAAAGCAGCUCAGAGCUCGACGAAGCAAUUCGGUCGAUGUAUAUGUGGUACCGCGAGGCCUAUAUUUGCAUAGUGCAUCUGGCUCAGACAAAUUCGUGGGAUACCCUGGAAAAUGACGAGUGGUUCUUUCGUGGCUGGACGUUGCAGGAGCUUCUUGCACCCCUUAGGAUGAGGUUUUAUUAUGGUCCUACUUGGACGCCCCUUACACAGAAUCCCAACGACAAAGAUGACGCAAAGGUUGUUCAGGCUCUUCAUCGCGCUACCAAGAUCCCUGAAAACGACCUACGCAAUUUUCGCUCCGGGCCAAAUCGUGCCUGGGAGAAGAUGAGCUGGGCAGCAAAUCGGAAGACAACUCGUAUUGAAGAUGUUGCCUACUCUCUUACCGGCAUCUUCGAUAUCACCAUGACGGUUGCAUAUGGAGAAGGAGAUCGAGCGUUCAAAAGAUUCAUGGCAGAGCUUAUCGAGAAAUGCAAGGAAUGGCAAAUUCUUGUAUGGGCCGGUGGACUUCCUGGUCGUCCAACAGAACCUUCCUGUUAUCGCACAACAGACGAAGCAGCACUGGAGAUACUCAAGAACCACGAGAUCUCGUGGUGGGGAGAGGGUUGUGGUGAUGACGACUUCUCAAUCACAAAGCGUGGCGUGCAGGUCAAGCUAUUCAUGGUCCCUGUCUCCAUUGACCAGAGCCUCUGGCAGUCGGUAUUCGUUUCCGGUCCCGCUGGUGACCUCAUGGCAUCACCUCUCGACAAGCUGGUCGUGCAAUCUCCUUUCUUCCCACCUGCAUCUACGACAGAAUGGGCGAUCGGAAUUGUUAACUACCAUGACCACGAUGACGCUACGAAAGGAAAGUUAAAAGCAGAACAGAUUUAUAUAUGUUUCCUCAUGAGACGGUUUUGUCGCCCUGGCCUGGACACCGUACGCAAUCACUGGAAAAGGGAGGUUACAGACAACAUUCUGACGGUUCGUUGCAAGCAUGAUUUUGAAAAAGAAGUAGAGAUUGUUUGGUUAUAAAUUCUGGAAUAGCUUGUAGUAGAACAUUAUCUAGAGAAAAUCAAUGUAUCGCAUACAACAUUCGGACGCUCAAUGUUACGGAUACCGUGUAUUCAAUAAA